UUUGCAAGUCAAGGAGUUGACUCUAUCGUGUGUCUCAUCAAGAGCAAUGACGCACAGUUCAGUUCUGCCUCUGCUGCUCCUGCUGGGCACGUGUUCGGCUUACACCUACCGUAAGCCAGAAAAUGUGGCCUUGCGUGGAAAAGCUAGCCAGUCAGGGCGUUAUCCAGACCAUUAUGGAGAUGCAGACAAAGCUAUUGAUGGAAGCCGUGAAUCUAACUAUCUUGCUGGUUCAUGCACCGGUUGGCAGACCAACCCCUGGUGGAGGGUGGACCUGCUGGAGUCCUACAUCAUCACCUCCAUCAUCAUCACCAACAGAGGAGACUGCUGUGCUGAAAGGCUCAACGGGGCAGAGGUUCACAUCGGCAACUCUUUGCAAGACAAUGGUGCCGCAAACCCAGUGGCUGCUGUAAUUCCUCACAUCCCAGUUGGCAGGUCUUUAAAAGUCACUUUUACCGGACUUGUGGAGGGACAUUUUGUGACUGUGGUUCUACUGGGUUUAAAAAGGAUCCUUACACUCUGCGAAGUGGAAGUCUACGGGUUCCGUGCCCCAACUGGUGAGAGUUGA